AUGAUGGGUUGGAAUGAAAUAAUGGGUGGUAGUAAAUGGCAUCAUUAUACAACUGAAUUAGAUAUUUUAACAAAAGAAAAAUUAGCUCAAAAUACAGUUGUUCACUUUUGGAAAGGUAGUCUAGAUUUGUUGAAUAAAACAAUUUUCCAGGGUUAUGAUGUUGUUAACUCUAAUAAUAAAUAUACUUACUUGGAUUAUAAUUACAAUCGAAUUUCAUUAGAAAAAGCUUAUAAUUUUGAUCCAAUUCCUGAAAACUUACUAGAAGAAUAUCAUUCAAAAAUAUUAGGUUUAGGUUGUCAAAUGUGGGGUGAAUGGAUACCAACAGUUGAUAAAAUGAAUCAACAAAUAUUUCCACGAGUCGCUGCCUAUGCUGAAGUUGGUUGGACUAGUUUAAAAAAUAAAAAUUAUCAAAAUUUUCAACAAAAAUUAGCAUCAUAUUUUUAUAAACAAUGGGCUAAACAAGGAAUUAAUUACUAUAAAUUAUAAAAUCAACAAUAUAAAUAG